AUGUCGUGUCUCUUAUCACACGCACCUACGUGCCCAUCUGAUGCUUGCCCAGAAUUGUCUUGCACACCCGCUUGA